AUGACACGGCAGUGGAUCAUAGGAGCUGUUCUCUUGGGCUGCGUCCUUUUAGGCAAAGCGUGCAAUAUUUCGGACAAGUGCGUUCUUAAGGACCUUUGCGCAGACAAGAAUGAAUCAGCAGAUGAUGGGGGUGCCAAAACUGAUGCUCCACAAGUCGAAGGUGGCGAGUGCGGCCUAAGCAAUAUUAAUGGUCUUGACGCGAACGCUCUAGUAUUGGCAGGACAGGCACGGGUUGGGCAAUUCCCAUGGACAAUUGCUCUAUUUAGCAACGACGAAUACCUGGGUGGCGGUUCCCUAGUCGCCCCAGGAGUUGUGCUCACUGGCGCCCACUUGUUGCGCGGAAAACAAGAGGCCGAUAUUGUGGUCAGAGCUGGAGAGUGGGAUCUAUCCAAUGCUAGGGAGCGGUUCCCCCAUGAGGAGAGCAGAGUGCGAAAGAUCGAGCGUCAUGAAGAAUUUGAGUACUUGACUGGAGCCAAUAACUUGGCACUUCUCUUUUUGGAGACACCAUUCGAAAUCCAAGAGCAUAUCCGGACCAUCUGUUUGCCCAAGGAAGAAAAGUCCUUGGAGGGAAAACGCUGCAAAGUUGCCGGUUGGGGAAGACGUUCGUACUCUGAGACGCGUCACUCGAACAUCCUGAAGAAUAUUGAGUUGCCGUUGGUAAAUUAUUCCACCUGCCAGGGACAGUUGAGGAACACCAAGUUGGGUCCCAGUUUUAGUCUAGCUCGUAGUUUAAUUUGUGCCGGCGGCGAGGUCAAUAAGGAUGCUUGCCUGGGCGAUGGCGGAUCUGCCCUGUUCUGUGCCCUCGAAGAGGAUGCGGAUCGCUACGAACAGGUGGGCAUCGUCAACUGGGGCAUUGAGUGCGGCAAAGAAGAUGUCCCGGGAACCUACACGAAUGUGGCCAUGUUUAAGGACUGGAUUGAUCUAAAAAUCCAGGAAUCCUUGGAAAAGUAG